UUUACCCUAGUUAUUUAACGUAGUUGUAAUUCCAUUUCCUUCUUCUUCUUCAAUUUUGCAUCAGACUUCAUGCAUGAAGCAGGUUGUUUCAAUCUUUGUUCCGCUUCUGAAAUUCUAUAUCCACAACCCUUUCAGGAGAUCUGCUGUUGUAGCAAUGCCCAUCCUGUUGCGUUCUGCUAAACUUGCUUUUGAGAAAGGGAUUACUCAAGGUGAAAGUGAAUCAUAUUUCACGAAGUUGUCAGACUAUAUGAUACUGGCUUUGGUAGAAGCUAUGCAUAAGGUUGUCCUUAACAUAUGUACUUAUGUUGUUCCUUCUUUUUUGGAUAAUGAGAAAGUGAUACCUGAUGAGUUAUCUCAACAGGAGCAUGUGACAGAAAUCUGUGCAAUCAUGUUGGGAGAAUUGAAUUAUUGCCUGCAGAUUUGUAGACUACUUCCCACUGAAGGUCAGGUUCGUAGCAUCGUUAAUGAGAUAAUGCAUGUAAUUACAGAAAGUUCACUCACAGAGAGAACGUAGAAAACAAGCACUCACAGAGAGAGAUAAACCAGAAGACUUUGAUGCUGAGGAAGCAGAAUUGUUAAGGGGGGAAGAGAGCAAGAAGAAGAAGUUUCGAGAAUGUAUGUUCUAUAUAAGAAUGGAGUUUAGACAUAAGCACACCGUGUUUUCCUUUUACAAGCAUUUCACUUUUAAUUUACAGAUAUUUUUAAAUCCAUCUAACUUUUUUAUUA